UGGAAAGGUUUGGGCGGGCUCUCCCUUCAGGAAGUGACGUAGAGAUCGUAUUCCAUCGAGGUAGAGAUGGCGGAAGGUGGCCGGAGUUAUAUCGCACCUCUGAUGUCAGAAAAUAUAUGUUUGAGGUUUUCAGACCAUGAUGACCGGGUUGGUGGAAGCUUUUUCCAAAAGAAGCGGAAAGGGCGUGGCCCAUUUCGGGGAAAAAUGUAUAGUGAAGCAGGCCCGAGAAACCGAAAUCGUGGUGGUUACCCACCUAACCCUCGUUCCCGACUAGAUGUGGAAGAUGGAGAUGUGCCAAUGAGUGAUAUACCUGACCCAGUCCGUUCGCGGUUUAAUCCUUAUAACCGUGGAGGCAGGAGAAGAGACAACAGGGGUGCUUUUCAUGGAAAUCCUGCUAGGGAUAAUUCGCAUCAUGCUAGAACUGAUGUUAGAAAUGACCGAGACAGCUGGUUCAAGAUUACGAUUCCAUAUGGUAAAAAAUAUGAGAAGGAUUGGUUGAUCGGCCUUUUGCAAAGUGGCUGUUCGCUUCCUUUUUCUCCUAUAGGGUACCAUCUUGACCAUUCUCGGGCCCACUUCUAUGUGGAAGAUGCAGCUGUUGCAAAAGCUCUGAGACAGAUCUCAAGGACUUUCUCUGACAGAGAGAACUUCAAGAUUACUAUAAUUACACAACCAUCUCCACCGCCUCCUCAAUUAAAAGACAUGCAAAUGACUGAAGAGGAAAUCGCACAUUUUAAGUGCUGUAUGCAAAAGCGAUAUGAUGGUGCCCAGCAAGCCCUAGACAUGAGUUCAGUGCGUUCUGAUCCAGAUCUGGUGGAAAACAAAGUAGACAUCAUUCUAAACAGGAAGUCCUGUGUGCAGAGUAUGUUGCAGAUUAUUGAAGAGAAUGUGCCCGAGCUUUUGUCUUUGGAUCUCAGUAACAACAAACUCUACAGACUGGAACACAUGUCAGAAAUUCACUUAAAAGCCCCGAAUCUGAAGAUCCUGAAUCUUUCUCGUAAUGUGCUAAGAACGGAUAAGGAUCUGGAUAGGAUUAAAGGUCUGAAGCUCGAAAUGCUGUGGUUAGAUGGAAACCCACUUUGCGACAGUUUCCGAGAACAGAGUUUAUAUAUCAGUGCUAUGAGAGAACGCUUUCCAAAACUACUGCGACUGGAUGGACACGAACUUCCUCCACCAAUAACAUUUGAUGUAGAAACCCCCACCACACUUCCUCCAUGUAAGGGCAGCUACCUGUCUACAGAUAACAUUAAAGCAAUAGUUUUGCGAUUUCUUCAACAAUAUUAUGCCAUCUAUGAUGGUGAAGAUCGACAAGGCCUGCUAAAUGUUUAUCAUGAUGAAGCUUGCUGCUCUCUUAGCAUUGCAAAUGUAACCGGACAGAACCCUGCCAGGAGCAGUCUGGGAGAUUACUUUGCUAACAGCAGGAAUUUAAAGAGACUACGAGAACCCCGAGAUCUCGCACUUCGUAAUAAACUUCUCAAGCACAAACGUCUCAAUGUUGUUAGCUUCUUGAAUGAACUUCCACGGACGCAGCAUGAUCUGAACUCCUUUGUUGUGGACGUCACUACUGAGACUAACACCUUACUUUGCUUUGUGGUUAAUGGAGUGUUUAAAGUUGAGGGGCAAUCCAAUGAUCCUGUGCGUGCUUUCUCUCGGGUAUUCAUAGCAGUGCCAGGAAAUGAAACGGCAGGGCUUCUUUUGGUAAAUGAUCAACAAUUCAUAAGGAAUGCAAGUACAGAUGAGAUACGCAAAGCCUUUGCCACACCAGCUCCAACUCCAUCAAGUAGCCCUGUGCCUGUGGUAGCCCCUGUACCUCAGGACAUGGUGCUGGCAUUCAGUCAACAUUCUGGCAUGAAUCUUGAGUGGUCUCAGAAGUGUCUUGUGGACAAUGGAUGGGACUGGGAACAGUCUGUACAGAUUUUUAUGAGGCUAAAGGCCGAGGGAAAGAUUCCAGAAAUCGCCUUUAUCAAGUGAUUUUGCCAUCGUACACGUAUCUAGUGGGCUGAUAAGAGCAUAUUGGCUACAGACUGAAAUUGGUGGACAUAAGGACCUGAUCACUUCCCUCUGCACUGAGCUAAAACCUAUUCCAUUUUUAAUACAGAAUGCUUCCCACUACUGAAGAGUCUGCUUGUGGUUUUAUGUCGUGUGUGUGUGUUAUAUAUAGGUAUGUGUGUAUAAAUACAUACUCUCAUAUAUACUGUAUACCUGGAUGUUCUGUCAUCAUGCUAUGCAUUCUGUUAUUUAUUUACAGUGUGUCUAAAUAAGGUUUACAAUUCUAGAUUUGGAUUCUCACUUACACUAGUCUCUGACAAAGUCUCAUUUUAUUUUUACGUUAUUUUGUCAGAAUGAUUAUUUUUUUUUUCUCUUGUUUUUUUUAUAUUGAUUGCAAUUGGAAGUUGGCAAAAUGUCAUCUGCCAUCUGGAUUUUAGGACAGCUAGGCAUAGGAAGAUAGAAGGCAUAAAAUGACAGUAAAAGUUCCUGUUGUAGCCAAGCAUUUCAGCUUGAACUUGUGUGUAAAAAAACUGUAUAUAAUAUAUAGGAUUCUUUUUCUGAAUUUCAGUGUACAUAAAUGUAUCUCUGUUGAAAUAUAAAAGUAUUUUUAUGGGUCCUGCCAAAUAGCAAAGCAUCAAGAAAACGGAUUCCUGCAGCUUCCUGCUGUGUGUAUUUUUUAUUUUUUUUUGUCAUAAUGUGUAUAAAGAGAAAUAGGCUGUGGGAAUCAACGUUGUGAAAGGGUUCCUACAAGCUUGACCAUACAUGGAUCGUAAUUCGGGCGGUUCAGCAGGGACUGACCGAAUUUCAAUCUAUGUACAGGCAGAGCGGUUGUACAGAAGUAGAUCUACCGCCCUGAUUGUUUCUCCCCAAUCGAUCAGUGUCGCUGGUGGGGGAAGUCUCCCCGCUGUCAGAAUACAAAGGCACAUCGGGAUUCCCCCAUCCACUUUGAAUGUGUGGAGGGGGAAUCAAGUUUUUCGGGGGUCUUUUUUUUUAUUGUGCAACUCGCUGGUUGAACUAAAAAUAAACUGAUGUAUGGGCUGCUUUAAACUUGUACAUUCCUUUGCAGAGCGUUACUGCACUCACUUUGAUGUGCCAACGCGUGGCAACGGAAGAC